GUCCCCUCCACCUUCACUUAAAACAAAGGGAAAAAAGGAACCGCACCUUCACGAGAUUCCACCUUUGCUCUCUCUCUCCCUCCCUUCACUCUCCUCUCUGACUCUCACCUCCGUAUCAGUUAUCACUCUCUUUUCGUCACUUUUCUGAUCGCCUUUUUCCACCUUCUCCGCCGAUCUUAUUCCUAAGCUUUCCGUAAUUAAGAAGCCUAAACUCCUAAACUCCCACCAGUACUACCGUUGCUGCAUGCUGCAGUUGAGAGAGACGGUACGGUGGUUGCGGAGGCCAGAACGAGUAUGCUGAAAUGUCAGAGGUAUUUUCUGCACGGAUCCGGCUACUUUCGGCAUUUCUCCGACACCAUAUGGCGGCCAUUUAUGAAAGCUCCUGCAAGAUCCUCUGCUAUCCUCUUUUUUUUCCUCUUCCUCUUAAUUGGCGCGUUUCUCUCCACGCGCCUCCUCGACUCCGCCACGUCCCUUCCUACCACGUCAAAGCCCAUCCUACCGACCGGGACAGCUCAAAAGCCCUUGAAAAUCCCGAAAAAGCCCCCAGUGAAAAUUGAAUAUCCUUUAAACUGCUCGGCCGGUAAUCUCACACGGACCUGCCCGCGAAACUACCCCACAGCCGUUUCCCCAGAAGAUCCUGACCGUCCAUCACCGCCAGAAUGUCCACACUACUUCCGUUGGAUUUACGGGGAUCUACGGCCAUGGAUGAAGAGCGGGAUCACAAGGGAGAUGGUGGAGAGGGCCAAAAGGACUGCUACUUUCAAAUUGGUGAUUUUGAAUGGAAGGGCUUACGUGGAGAAAUAUCAGAGGGCGUUUCAGACGAGAGAUGUCUUCACGCUGUGGGGGAUCCUACAGUUGUUAAGGAGGUACCCUGGGAAAGUGCCUGAUUUGGAGUUGAUGUUUGAUUGCGUUGACUGGCCGGUCAUUCAAUCGAAGGAGUAUCGUGGGCCCAACGCCACCGCUCCACCGCCGUUGUUUCGGUAUUGUGGGGAUGACGCCACGUUGGAUAUCGUCUUUCCUGAUUGGUCAUUCUGGGGCUGGCCAGAAAUCAAUAUAAAGCCAUGGGAAUCAUUGUUGAAGGACCUAAAAGAAGGCAACAAGAGGAGCAGGUGGAUGGAAAGGGAACCCUAUGCUUACUGGAAGGGAAAUCCAGCUGUUGCUGCAACCAGGCUAGACCUCCUCAAAUGUAAUGUUUCAGAUAAACAGGACUGGAAUGCCCGAGUUUAUACGCAGGAUUGGAUUCGAGAAUCACAAGAAGGUUACAAACAAUCGGAUUUAGCAAGCCAAUGCAUUCAUAGGUAUAAAAUUUAUAUUGAAGGAUCUGCAUGGUCUGUAAGCCAAAAGUACAUUCUUGCCUGCGAUUCUGUUACCUUACUAGUAAAGCCUCAUUACUACGAUUUCUUCACGAGGAGUUUGAUGCCGGUGCACCACUAUUGGCCCAUAAGAGAGGAUGACAAGUGCAGAUCAAUUAAGUUUGCUGUUGACUGGGGCAACCGCCAUAAGCAGAAGGCACAGUCCAUUGGGAAGGCAGCCAGUGAUUUCAUCCAAGAGGACUUGAAGAUGGACAACGUGUAUGACUACAUGUUUCAUCUUUUAAAUGAAUAUGCCAAGCUGUUGAAGUUCAAGCCCACUGUGCCUGAAAAAGGUGUGGAGUUAUGUUCAGAGAGAAUGGGUUGUGGUGCAGAAGGAUUAAAGAAGAAGUUUAUGAUGGAAUCCAUGGUGAAGUAUCCCAUGGAUGCAAGCCCAUGCACCAUGCCUCCCCCCUUCAGUCCUCUAGAGCUUCAAACUUUUCUCAACAGAAAAGUAAAUUCAAUAAAACAAGUGGAGGCCUGGGAGAAGAAAUUUUGGGAGAAUCAAAAUACAUAGACAUUUUCUCUUAAUUUUUCUCAUAAUCACGAUCAACAUAUAUAAUGUUUAUGAUAUAUAUGAGACAAAUGUAUUUAGCCUCGAUGGAAUGAUCCCCUGGUCAAUACAACAUUUUUAUUUUGUUUUGUUUU